GUGUGUGUGUUUCCACAUAUGGGGGGCAUUGUAAGGUCACUUCAGCCGUGCAUAUCACAAUAUGAUCACAUGCUAAAUUACAAGAAGCACCUCUUUUCUGUCCGUAAGAUGUUAAGUCCAGCGAGUCCGGCCCUGAAGAACCUCAGUGUAGAGGACAGCUCUGGAUCUGAUCCAGAGUCAGAGGUCGGUCCAGAACCUGAGACAGAUCGGUUCGGCUUCAUUCUGACAAAUGGAUCCACAGCUGGGAGUGUGGGCCCGUCCCCUGAGUUGGUCAGGCAGAGGGAGACCAAGUGGAUAAAUAUCAUCAGCCAAUGGGAUCGCAUGUUGCUGAAGAAGACCAGUAAGAUCAAAGUGCAGUGUCAGAAAGGCAUCCCUGCCUCACUCAGAGCCAAGUGCUGGCCUCUGCUAUGUGGAGCAACUGACAAGAUGAAAUACAAUGAAAACCUCUACCAGUCUCUGGACUCACAGCCCACUCUGCAGAGCUGGGUGGAUGUGAUUGAAAGAGACCUGGACCGACAGUUCCCUUUCCAUGAGAUGUUCCUCUCUAAGGACGGACAUGGGCAGCGUGGUUUAUUCCGGGUGUUGAAAGCCUACACUCAGUACCAACCAGAGGAGGGUUACUGCCAGGCGCAGGGGCCUGUGGCAGCAGUGCUGCUGAUGAACAUGCCUGCUGAGGAGGCCUUCUGGUGUUUGGUGCAAAUCAGUGAGCAGUAUCUGCCCGGAUAUUACAGCCCUCUGCUGGAGGGAGUUCUGUUCGAUGCGUCCGUGCUGACCUGGGUCUUGAAAAGGACGUGUCCAGCUGCACACAAACACCUUCAGCACUACGGAGUGGAGCCCCUCAUGUUCGCCACAGACUGGCUGAUGUGUCUCUUCACACGUCACCUGCCAUUCAACACACUGCUCCGAGUCUGGGACCUCUUUUUCUGCUAUGGGGUGCGGGUGCUGCUCCAGGUGGCGGUGGUGCUGGUUCGUCGGGUGCUGGGCCGGGCCGAGCAAAGAAAGCAGUGUCAAGGCCAGAUGGAGACUCUGGAGAGGCUGAGGGGCGUCAGGGAGGAGGUCCAAGAGGAAGACGAUGCCUUUAUAGCAGAGGUGUGCUCAGUGCAGCUGUCAGCCAGAGAUCUGGAGAAGCAGACGCAGAAGGAGUUAGAAAAGUGGAGGAAAGACAAACCCUCGUCAACCUUUGACCCCAGAGGUCGCUGCCAGGGAUACCGCAUGGCGUGGGCAAGGGCUCGACAGAGCGAGGAAGAGCUUGACAGGAAAGCCAGAGAGAAAGGGAACCUCUCUGCUCCUCUUGCUCGCUCAGCAUCCACUCUCUCGCUGUCUCCCUCCCUCCUUCAGAAGAAGUGGAGGAAAGGGGGAAAGGCGAGCACACGCGAAUGGGAGAGCGGCGGCAGAGUUGUGAGGCAUCUCUCGAUGGGAGCAAAGGAGGACUGGAGGAGCUGGACAGAAAUAAAUUUUAAGAAGGUGCAGGGUGUUCAGGAGGAGGAGGAUGUAGUUUUUGAGGAACAUAAAAAACAGAGUGAGCCAAAUGUAACAGGAAAUACUGAACAGAAAGAACUUUUAAAAGAAUCUAAAAAAUCAGAAGUCCAAAACGUGCCAACAGAAGAAACGGUCAUCAUAAAAGAACAGAUUGUACAAGAUGAAACAAGAGUCACUGAAAAGCAGGAAAACCGACUCAAAGAGACGGAGGAGAGCAAAGUGCUUUCAGAACAGACGGAAAAAAUAAACGUGGAGACAGAACCGACACAUGAUCCAAACAAAGAUGAGACUGUUAAAGAUAUCAUUCAACCUGCUGAACAUGAAAACAGGGAGGAGCUGGACUCCUCCCACGAGUCACAGGUCCUGGAACACCAGCCUCCUGAAAGAAAGCACCUUGAAACUGAGGUGAUAGACACAAGUAAAGAGAAAGAAGAACAAAGUGAAUGCACAGCUGCUGUGGAGGAAACUCAGACUGAAAUACAGAAAGAUGCAGAUAAAAUCACAGAGGUGGAGACGCAAGAGAGUGUUGAUCCUAUUGAGGAACAGGACAUGAAACCAGAGGAGAACGCCGAAACUGAAAAUGUGCAACAGGUGGACACAGCCAUAACUGAAUCAAGCUUAGCCUCAGACACAGACAACAAAAUCGAAACUCCAGCUGUCAAAGAUCCUCCAGCAGAGACAGAGACACAACAGCAAGAUGUGAUCACAGAGACAGACAAAAGCUUACAGGGAGAUGCACUCGACGGCAAAUGCCACAGUACUGAGUCAUUAGCAGAAACAGACAUGACAGCAGAGUCCCACACCCAAAUGGAGACAGAUAGUGUUAAACUGGCACAGACUCAAGAAAAAGUAACGACCAUUUCAGCAACGCAGUGUGAACUGGAGGGUGAAAAAGUACAGACAGAAUCAGAGCAACCCAUAGAUUCAAAGACAGAAGCAGAAACAUUAACACCAAGUUCACCUGAAUGCACUGAACCAGAAGGAGGCCCUGAUUCAGUGGCUGAGACAGAGACUGAAGCAGAAAUACCAGCUGCAAACGACAUAGUGACGGAGUCAAGUGAGGCAGCUGAGGAAGAGUGUGAUGCAGCAGCACAGAGGGAAGAAGAAAGAAGUCAAACUGCACACUCAGAGGUCCAGGUUGACAACAAUCAAGCAGAGGAAACAACAAAAACUGAAGCAACUGACUCGAUAGCAACUCCACAGGAGGAAGUGACUACAACACAGGCUGAAGCAGUGACACUCACCGCCGAGCCUGAUGGGAAGAUGAGUUCAGUGGGCACGAGUAAGUCUGAGGAACCUGCACCUGAACAACCAAUGAGCCAGGUCACCGUGGGUGCUGUGGAGGAGGGAGAAAUCACAGAAACAGUUAAAGAAAACGCUGAAGGAGAGGAUGAGGUCUUCAUUUCUACUGAACCAACAGACUCUCCAAAUAAUGACAAAAACCCACAAGUCCAAGACAAAGAUUCUGACCUUGUGAAAGACCAGAAAGAGACAGAUAACGGCAGUUUGUCACAAGCUUCAGGGUUAUGCAGCAGCCGGUCUUCUGGGGAUUUCUGCAUCCGCAAGUCGUCCAGCUCCCAUGGGUCCAGAUCAGCACGUCGGCUCUCUGAAAAUCUCUUUACUAUGCCAGAGAAAAAUUCCCAAUCUAAACCAGAUCACUCAGACGUUAAACACAGUGAAUCACAAUCCAAACCAGGAGCUGAAAUCCCAAUGCAAAGUCCUGCAGCAGCGACUGAGACAGCAGUGGUACAGCCCGACCCCCCUAAACGAUUUGGCCUCCUCCACAGACUGAGAGGAGAGCAGCCCAAAAAAGCCCCUAAAAUACAAGUCCCCAAAAUCUUGAUCCAGGACUUCAGUGAUGGAACAGGGACGGGAGAACCGGUUGAGGAAGAGGGGGAAAAGAAACUGAGCUCAAAGGAAAGGAGGAGGCGGCGGAGGGAGCGAGAGAGAAGAGAGAAAGAGGAGGAGAGGUCUAAGAAGAAGAGAGAGAAGGAGCAGGAGAAGGAGAGGAGGAAACCGCAAACAAAGGGGAAAAGUUUUCAGGUGCAAAAUGAGAAAGGAAGCAGCGAUGUGCCUCAGCCUGCAAGCACUGGACAUCCAAAGCUUAGAUAUUCUGCUUCUUUUACUCAAACUUACUUCUGACAAAAAAAAAAAAUAUCUGUUGCCGGAGCGAUGAGGGGGCGUUUUACACAGUCAGACCUCCACAUCCUGUCUCACUGGUCCUUUUGAUGUGCAGCGACCCCUCAUCCUAAAUCUUUGCUAUACUUGAACCUUUUGAUAUGUAAAUAAAUAAUAAAUCAUGUUGACACACUUUGAAAAA